UUUUAUUGAGUGGUAAGAUAUCAUGUACAUCUGUCUGUUAAUAUCUAUUUGUCCAUCCUCCACUGCUACAAAAGGAGCUCACUAUGGAUACGCUUUGGCUAUCAGACUUACAUCUAUUCCCUUCCUGAGUAAAACUAGCUGCCUUAUUCGGCUUGUUGGUGGCCAAAUCCCAUGGCUCAAGAGCAGACAAUGGAGGCCAAAGUAAAAUGCUGACUUCAGGGCCCAGGAUGGUUGGCAGUACUAUUCAGUUGCAUGGUAUAUAAAUAGCCCACUUGCAGCGCUUUGGGACUGAAGAGCGCUUUUGUGGAACCUUCUUUGUGCACAGCUUUUUGGGGAGGUCAGGUUUCAGAAAAAUCAGAAAACAGGGAAAAUGGCGCAGAUUAAUCCUAUGCCGAUGGGACCCUGGAAGAUCACAGUCUACGAUCAAGAGUGUUUCCAGGGCAAACGUAUGGAGUUCACAGCUUCCUGCCAAAACAUCAUGGAGUGCGGCUUUGAUAAUAUUCGAUCACUUAAGGUGGAAUGUGGCGUCUGGGUGGGGUAUGAACACUCCAGUUUCUGUGGGCAGCAGUUUGUCUUGGAAAGAGGAGAAUACCCACGCUGGGAAGCCUGGAGUGGCAGCAAUGCCUACCACGUUGAAAGGCUCAUGUCCUUCCGCCCCAUCUGUUCAGCUAACCAUAAAGAGUCCAAGAUGACUGUGUUUGAACGAGAGAACUUCAUUGGCCGACAAUGGGAAAUCUGUGACGACUAUCCCUCAUUGCAGGCCAUGGGGUGGUGCAACAAUGAGAUUGGAUCCAUGAAGAUUUUGAAUGGAGCAUGGGUGUGCUACCAGUACCCAGGAUACCGUGGUUACCAAUACAUCAUGGAGUGUGACCAUCAUGGUGGCGAAUACAAACACUGGAGAGAAUGGGGAUCUCACGCUCAGACCUUCCAGGUGCAGUCUAUCCGUCGCAUUCAGCAGUGAGCAGGACUUCUUCUUGAUCCCUACCUAAAGUAUCCCUUUUCACAUCAGAGAGCAGCUGCAGGCUUGCAGUUUGGUGCUAACGUCUACUCACAGGUCUCUCCUAUCCUACAAAUGACACAAAGUCUGUACUAUACUGUGAAACAUCCCAGACUCUCACCAUCUUCUACUUUCAGCUGUGCAAGAAUAAAGUACAACACAAUUAUCAUGCAAAUGCAAUUC